AUGGAAAAAAAAGUAGUAAAAAAAGUUCACAAAAACCCCUUCAGCGGAAUCAAAUUACCUCCCAUCACUAAAUGUAAGAAAAGUGAUGUCAGAACAAUUUUAGACGUGGAUCCUCAAUAUUUUUCAUUAGUGGAAGGAAGACCAAUCAAGACCAAUACAUCGAUUAAUAAAUAUAAACAAAAUAUAAGAAACAUAGCUUUGAAACGAACACUUCACGGAUUUCUUACGGACGAAAUUUUAAGAAUCAAUAGAGAAAUUGAAACAGAAAGAAAAAUAUAUAACACAGCAUCAAAGCAUUUUGAAGAAUAUCAGCACAGCUUCGAUAAAUUUUUAGCAGAUGAUAAUAAUAAAACGAUCGUAAUCAUGAAAACAUCGGAUAAUUUAGCUAAAGAGUUAUCCAAUGAAACGGAAGAGCACAAAAAAGCAAAUUUUGAAUUGGCAACAAUUAAGUCGAAACUACAAUAUAUUAAUGAGACCUUACAAAUAUUGUUAUCUUUUCAAUGUUUUCUACACAAAGCUGCGCCGAUUUUGUGGCAAGAAAAAUAUAAUAUUAAUUUGAAUUUGGAACACUUGGAAAUUCUUAGUAUGGAUUCAGAUAUUUUUAUUGAAAUUAAUAUUAAUUUAAUAAGGGACCGUUUAAGUAAAUUACCACCUUCAAGACUGUAUUUCAAAACUCCUGAUCAAUUGUUAGUUGUUUUUGAUUUACUUGAAAAACAAAAUUUAAAUUAUCUGUUGGUAACCGAAGAGUUAAAUGUAGAGAAAAACAAGUUUUUAAAAUCACUGGGAUUUUUGAAGAACUUACUUGGAAAUGAGUUGGAAUUUAUUAAAGCAAAGAUGAGAAAAAUCGAAGAAUUAAUAGUUUGGAAUAAACACAGGGAAAUCGAAUUGAAAGAGAUAUUUUUUCAAAUUUUAGAGGAUAAAAUGCAGUAUUUGGUAUCAUCAGAGACAGUGUUACAAAUUUUUAAUUAUGUAGAAUUUGCCUAUGAACAGGUAAUAGCAUCAAAUGAUGCAAAUCUGAGUUCUUUAGAUAUGACAGUAGCUCUUGAAGAAGAAUAUAAUAAUUUGAUGUUAGAUUUGUCAGCAUUUGAUUUAGAUGUUAUUAAAGCUAUAGAAAAAGAAACGUAUCAAAACGAAGCGAGAGAAACAAAACAAGCGAAAAUUGCGAGUAAAUUACUAAAAGAUGUUGAUAAGUUAAACAAGCGUUUGAAAUCCUCUUACGAACCAUCAAGGAAAAAUGCAUACGAGUGA